UUAGUCGCUUUCGUCGCUUGAAACGUGAAACAUACGACAACCGAAAACGAAAUUAAAAUUGAAAUUGCAACGUUUUGUAUGUUACGUCAGUCAGUCGCUAGUUGUUGUCACAGUCACGGCAUAGUCACAACACAGUCGACGUCGCAGUCGUCGUCAUCGCGAGCGUCGCCGUUGCAACGUACAAUUUUUUGGCGCCGUUUUCCGUGCGACGCUGGCUUAAAGAAUUCAAAGCGCGCCUCAAAUUUGUUUCAAAAACGGUUUUUCAAAAGCUUUGCAUCUUUUCGCCAAACGCCUAAAACUACAGGCUGCAACAACAAACACAACAACAAGAAGCAGUGGAACGAAUAUGACCACCUCAACGCCCAGCAGCAGCAACAACAGCACCACCAACAACAACAGUCACAGCCAGAGCAAGAACAACAACAACAACGAUAACAACAAACGACAAAACAGCGACGGCAACCUCAACGUCAACGCCGAGCGAGCAACAUCAGCAGCAACUUUUUACAACGAAAACAGUCCGAGUGCAACAUCGGCAACAACAGCAACCAUAGGAUCAACAAAUCGUGUCAUGCAAGCGGACGAGGAUUUCAACAUACGAUUCGUUAAUUUGGUGCGCACGCAUCGUUGUCUCUACGACAAAAAAGUGCCCGAGUAUCGCAACAGAGACAACCAGGAGAAGUCCUGGGCGCUUAUAUCAAAGGAGACCCGUGAGAGUGUAAUUCACUGCAAGGAGAGAUGGAGGAACCUGCGGGCGUGUCUCUCGCGGUACAUAAAGCAACAAAGCGGAUCAGAGCCGCAGCACAAGCCCUAUUACCUAACCGAGCACAUGGCAUUUCUGUUGCCAUUUCUCAAGUCGACAAGGAAUUCUCUGGAGGGCAACCACAGCUUGGCGACGCUCUUUCACUUCUCCCAGCAGCAUUUGCAACUGCAUCAGCAGCAGCAACAACAUCAGCAGGACCAUUUGUACUGCAACAACAACAACAACAACAGCAACAAUAAUAAUAAUAACAAUAGAAGUGUAUUGGAUGAAUCUUUGGAGCUGAAGCAAUCGCUAUCGGAAAAUGACGAUGAGGAGACGAUUGAUGCUUUUGAUCCCGCCAUAGCUGCCACUUUGGGGCUGCAUCCCCCAGUGUCCACGUCUGGGGUCAAUGCAAUGACAGUUCCUGGUUCGCCGACACACAGCGAUACGGCCAGUGCUAAUAGCCUACAAAAUUUCAUACCUGAUGUGCAAUUGGCUGAAUCUGGACCGGAUUUGAUAUACAACGACGCCUCAUCGACACCGCUGCAUCAUCAACAAGCGCCACAUUCCCAUGUUCAUCCGUUGCACAGUCACCUCCAUCAGCAGCACCAACACCAGCAACAGCAACAGCAGCAACAGUCGCAUUUUGAGCCCAGCAGCGCCAAGCGAAUCAAAACGGAAUGCGAGGCAACUACGACGAGCAGUGGAGUUGCCUACUUUGGCGGACUCAGUGUCACCGAGCACACGGACAUGGAGUUCUUUCGCAGCAUUCUGCCGGAUAUUGCAGCAUUGACGCCGCAGCAACGUCGCAAGUUCAAGAUUGGCAUCCUUGAGCUAAUCGAUGAUGUUGUCGAGCGUUAUCCGCCCCAUGAGCGUUACAAUGGAGCUGCUCUGCUCAAUGGCAGCGGUGGCAGCAGCAGCACCACAGGUGGAUCAGCGGCUGGUGCAGCUGGCAGUACAACAGGCAGGCAGCAACGUUGUAGUUCUGGACGAGAUUGGCGCAAGUAAACAUAAAUCCCUAAAAUAGCUAUUAAAAGUAUAUUCAUAAGCUACAAAUCGAUUGCUGCCAAGAGUUGAAAAGCAGCUUGGAAAGCCAAAAUUCUUAAUGAUAUACCAAAAAUUCUGUAAUUACUUAUCUUUCUUUCUUUCCGCUUGUUCACAUAAAUAACGUUUAAUUUGUGCUUUACAAUUGAACUUCAAAAUUUAAAAAUUCUAUAAAGUUUGCCCAACAACUCUUGGAGCAAUUGCUGUUAAAAUAUUAAUUAUUCGUUAAUAAGCUUCAUAUUGCUGUUUGCCAAGAGUUGUUAGGUAAAUUGGAAAACCAAACUUGGUAAAAGAAUACCAAAAAAUCGAUUAUAAUUACAAAAAAAUAUAUUAAAAAAUGUUAAUUAUUACUUAUCGGGUUUCUGUACAUUAAGAGUUCAAAAAGUUCUUUGAUAAAAAAUCUCAAUUUUGAUACUUUAAAAAAAAUUCUUAUCUUUUUUCCUUUCUGUUUAUGUACAUAAAAAGUGAUUUCCAAUGAACUUAAGUUGCCUUAACAACUCUUGGAUCACAUUUUUUUUUCAAUAUAAAUCCAUAUAUAUUAAAUAGUUUUAAAAGCUUUUCAUUGGUUGUUAUCAAGAGUUGUUAAUUGAAAUACCAAAAAUUUCUAUCCAUUACCCAUUUUGUUUGUGUACAUAAAUAGUAUUUAAUUUGUGUUAUACAGUAAAUUUAAAAAGCUGCUUAUCAAGCAUCAACUUUUGCUUAACAACUCUUGGAACAAUCUUUGUUAACUGUCCAUGUGUUGUGUGCUCAAUGUUUUAGUUCUAGCCACUAAGUUAUAGAGAACUCGUUGUUUAUAAACUUAUAUCGUUUAGAGGAAGCUUUGUAUAUAACAUGGAUGUUAUGUUAAGCUAAUAUAUAGAAUUGAUGUACAAAAAUCGUUGCAGAUUAGUUUAAAAAAAUUCAUGAAAACGGCGAGAAAAGUUCCUAAGCUCGCAAAAGUAAAAGUUGUGUCAAAUAAAACAAAUAGAUGUAUGAAAAUAUUA